AUGUCUAUUUCAAACAUUGUAAAAAGUUCACUAGGACCGGUGGGCUUGGAUAAAAUGUUAGUCGAUGAUAUUGGGGAUGUUACAAUAUCAAAUGAUGGUGCUACAAUUUUAAAUUUGCUCGAAGUUGAACAUCCCGCUGGAAGAAUUCUCGUGGAACUUGCUCAACAACAAGAUAAAGAAGUUGGGGAUGGAACUACCUCUGUCGUCAUCAUCGCCGCAGAACUUCUCCGUCGAGCAAAUGAAUUAGUUAAAAAUAAAAUACAUCCAACUACAAUUAUUACCGGUUAUAGGCUUGCAAGUAAAGAAGCAUGUAAAUAUAUUGUUGAUCAGUUAACCUGCAAAGUUGAAAGUUUAGGACGCGAAUGUCUUUUGAAUGUUGCUAAGACAAGCAUGUCAAGUAAAAUUAUCGGAUCGGAUAAUGAAUUCUUUUCGAACAUUGCUGUAGAUGCCAUGUUAUCGGUAAAAACUACAAAUUCUCGGGGUGAAGUUAAAUAUCCUGUAAAAGCUGUGAACAUUCUUAAAGCUCAUGGCAAAAGUACUACUGAAUCUAUAUUAGUUAAAGGUUAUGCACUAAAUUGUACCGUCGCGGCUCAAGCGUGUCUUGAUAUGAAUCUUCAGAAAAUGAGAAUGCAUUUAGGGGUACAUAUAACUGUUGAUGAUCCAGAAAAAUUAGAAGAUAUACCAAAUGUUAUUCUGACGACAAAAGGAAUUGAUGAUCUUUGCUUAAAGUAUUUUGUGGAUGUUGGUGCCAUGGCUGUUCGUCGUUGUAAGAAGGAUGAUUUAAGGCAAAUUGCCAAAGCGACUGGAGCUACACUUGUUUCUACACUCGCGAAUCUCGAAGGAGAAGAAACGUUUGAAGCUUCUUUUCUAGGUUCGGCAGAUGAAGUUGUACAAGAACGAAUUUCGGAUGAUGAAUGCAUCUUAAUUAAAGGCACCAAAGCUCAAAGUUCCGCAUCAAUUAUUUUACGUGGAGCUAAUGAUUUCAUGUUGGAUGAAAUGGAAAGAUCUUUACAUGACUCAUUGUCAGUUAUUAAAAGAACUUUAGAAAGUGGUAACGUAGUUCCUGGUGGUGGUGCAGUAGAAACUGCUUUGAAUAUUUAUUUGGAAAAUUUUGCCACAACUUUGGGAUCGCGUGAACAAUUGGCUAUAGCAGAAUUUGCCAACGCACUUCUUGUAAUUCCCAAGACGUUGGCUGUCAAUGCGGCCAAAGAUUCAACUGAUUUGGUUGCAAAAUUACGCGCUUAUCAUAAUGCUGCACAAAAUGCAACUCCGGAAGAUCCGAAGAAAAACCUUAAAUAUUAUGGACUCGACCUUUAUAAAGGAGAAAUUCGAGAUAAUUUGCGUGCAGGAGUUUUAGAACCUGCUAUGUCCAAAAUCAGAUCAUUAAAAUCAGCCACCGAAGCAGCUAUUUCUAUCCUUAGAAUUGAUGAUAUGAUUAAGGUUGAACCAGAAAAUCGAGGAGGUGAAGAUGAGCAUGGUCAUUAA